AUGGGCUCUCUUGGACCUUAUCAGCGCAAGCACCGGGUUGCUGUGAUCGGCUCAGGAAACUGGGGUACCGCUAUCGCCAAAAUCGUCGCCGAAAACACUGCCAGCAACCCUGCCAUCUUCGAGAAAGAUGUUCAGAUGUGGGUUUUUGAGGAGAAGGUCGAAAUCGCCAAGGACUCACGCCACUACAACGCCUCCUCUCCAUUGUGCCAAGGGCCACAGAACCUGACGGACAUCAUCAACACCGUUCACGAGAACGUGAAAUACCUCCCCGGAAUCACUCUGCCGGAGAACUUGCACGCUAAUCCAUCUGUGGUGGAUGCUGUCAAGGACAGCACGAUCCUUGUCUUUAACCUCCCUCAUCAAUUUAUCAUCAAGACUUGUGAACAGAUUAAGGGCAAGAUUGUGCCGUAUGCGCGGGGUAUAUCCUGCAUCAAGGGCGUGGAUGUGAACGAGGAAGGAAUCAGCCUCUUCUCGGAAACGAUUGGCAAAAUCCUGGGGAUCUAUUGCGGUGCUCUUUCUGGUGCCAACAUCGCCAGUGAAGUGGCGCAAGAGAAAUGGUCCGAGUCCAGCAUUGCCUACGAUCCCCCACACCUGGAUUCCAAGGCUCCUUCGCCCAACCGCUCUCCCUCUGCGUCUUCUGAGAACCUUGUUCACUUCGAACACAAGGAUGUAUCUGGCCAGCUUUCCCAGGUGAAGCUGCAGGCUCUACCAUCCGAGUUCCCUCCAGUCGAUCAUGCUGUUCUCAAGUCCCUGUUCCAUCGUCCUUACUUCCAUAUUCGUGUAGUGAAUGACGUUGCUGGAGUCUCCCUUGGUGGUGCUCUGAAGAAUGUCGUCGCGGUCGCUGCCGGCUGGGUAGUCGGCAUGGGAUGGGGCGAUAAUGCCAAGGCUGCUAUCAUGCGGGUUGGGCUUCUUGAGAUGGUCAAGUUCGGCGAGAAGUUCUUUGGCGCGACCAUCGAGACUCGGACCUUCACUGAGGAAAGUGCAGGCGUUGCCGAUCUGAUCACGAGUUGCAGCGGUGGCCGUAACUUCCGCUGCGCAAAGCUCAGUGUGGAAAGGAAGCAGUCAAUUGAAGAGGUCGAAGAGACUGAGCUGAACGGCCAAAAGCUCCAGGGCACUUUGACUGCAAUUGAAGUGAACAACUUUCUGAAGAAGCAGGGCAUGGAGGAUGAAUUCCCCUUGCUGACUGCAGUCUACCGUGUUCUCACGGGAGCUAUGUCGGUGGAAGAUAUUCCAUCAUUCAUCGAGCGGUAA